GCGGUCUGGUUUGUGUUAUUCAUUUUCAUCUGUGCAUGUGAAUGGUUAAUGGCUCUGACUGGAAAGUGGUUUGCCGAGUGCCUGUAUUGCUUUGCUGGCAGGUUAUGAAAUACUGCAUUACCUUCUGUCUGAGUUCAAAGGUUGCUUAAGUCCAGUGAGUGCAGGGCAGGGCUGGAUUUUGAAAGAAAGAUGGAGCACAUCUCUUCCCCUCCACUGUCCAAUGUUGCCAUUUGCGGAGGCACCCAUGGAAAUGAGUUGACAGGGGUGUAUGUGGUGAGGGAAUUGCAGAAACAGAAGAUAAAUCAAGCUGGAUCUGUUUCUAUAACCACUGUCCUAUCAAAUCCACGGGCUGUGGAUGCUUGCCGAAGAUACACAGAAACAGAUCUCAACCGUUGUUUUACAUCUGCCUUGCUAAGUUCUCCAAUAACAGACUCUACACCGUAUGAGCUGAGGCGAGCUCAAGAGUUGAAUGCUCAGCUGGGGCCUAAAGGAAGCCAAGAAGCUGUGGAUCUGCUCCUUGACCUCCACAACACCACUGCCAACAUGGGAAUGAGCUUAAUCCUUUACUCCUUUGACUGGAUCCCCUUGCACAUUUACAAAUACAUGAAGAGCAAGAUGACCUCUGCACCUGUGAGAGCAAUCCAGCUGUAUUUAUCCAAUGCUGAUGCUUAUUCCCUGGAGUCAGUGGGCAAACAUGGCUUCACGAUAGAGGUCGGUCCUCAACCCCACGGCGUGCUCAGAGCUGAUGUCUAUCACUUGGUGAAAGAGGGAGUGGAUCUCACGAUAGAGUGGCUUCAGAAAUUCAACACUGGAAGCACUUUUGAAGGAGGUGAAGUGGAAGUUUACAUUUUUGAGAAGAGUGUAGACUACCCGAGGGAUCCUACAACUAAUGAGAUUACAGCUGCCAUUCACCCUGAUCUGCAGGAUAAUGACUUCAAGCUUCUAAAACCAGGCGACCCCACAUUCUUGUCAUUUUCUGGCGAGACGGUGAAGCACGAAGGAGAGGAACUCUACCCUGUCUUUGUAAAUGAAAGUGCCUACUAUGAGAAAAAGAUUGCUUUCCAUUUAGCUAAGAAGGGAACUUUAACCCUCCCGUCUAUAAGUGUGAAGAAGGACUGAGAGUACAGACAGAAUGAGUACACAAUGUGGCUGAGACUUUCAAUUCUAAAUAAAGGAAUAAAACAUUAAUGCGUAAAUGACAUGUAUAAUCAUGUUUUAAUCAUUUUAAAAGACAAAAUGUGCAAACUUAUGCAAUAAUGAUUAGACAUUCUACAGGCUAUUAGAUGAUUACCUCCUCAUCCUGUUUGGCAAUCUAAUAUAGCAGCUCUGCAACCCAACUACAUCUAUGAGGCUUAAAGAAAAAGGUUGUGUGUGAUACCAGAGUUGUUUUUGCACCAAAUUGAAUGAUAUUGUACAAGUGCAA